GUCUAUGGAUCCUGAGAGCAUCAAGCACCAGAAGACUCAGAGCCUUUCUAUGCUCGAUAGCCAGCUGAACAUGGCCAUGCAGACUUGCAAGAGCGACUAUGAACAGGCCAAGCAGCAGAUCUCUCUCCGUGCGAACUUCGACCUCCAGACCGCUACCGGUGCCGUUGAGCAAUCUCGACAACAAGCCCU